GUCAGAUGGACACAACCUCCGUGAGAUGUCUUAUUAACAGUAUUGCUCGAUUUGUUCAUCUCGUAUCAUGCCAGACAAGAAAAGUUGUUCCUAUUGAAAAGGAUUACCGGAAUAUGGUUGUUGUGUUAAAACUUUUAAAACCGCUGCUUGAUGAUGUUGUUGAUUGUGAGAUACCUUCAGAUGAAAUUCUGUGUAAAGAGUGUGAAGAGAUAGACAUGCUUGUUAAUGAGGCUCGAGAAUUCAUGGAGAACUGGUGUCCUAAGAUGAGCAAAAUCCACAUGGUUCUCCAGAGUGAGCCUUUUCUGAUAAAAAUGCAAAGCUCUUCACUUCAGAUAUGUCACAUAUUAUAUAAAUCGUUGCAGUCAUCACCAUCAACUUCAAGUAUAACCAGUGUUCAGCACUGUAUUCGGGAAAUUAAAUGUCUGAACCUGGAGAGACUAUCAGAAAAUAUAGGAGAUGCUUUGAGAAGUCUAAAAGAUGGCGCUAUUCCUUGUACUGAUCAUCUGGUAAAAGUUAUCAAGUCACUGAACUUGACGUCAAACCAGGAAUUGUUAAAAGAAACUGUGGCAGUGGAAAAAGAGAGAAUGAAUGCUCAAGCUAACAACGCGAAAGGGAAAUUAGAUCAAAUCAAUCAAAUUGUGGAUCUCAUCUCUCAUAUACGUGAUUAUAUGCUUAAAAUUGAGCAUUUUGAACCCACAAGUGGCAUUUUGAUCCCUCCACAUUUUGUUUGCCCCCUUUCAUUGGAACUUAUGAUGGAUCCUGUUAUUGUGGCUUCUGGGCAAACUUAUGACAGGGCCUCCAUCCAGAAGUGGUUUGACAGUGGACUGACCAUUUGCCCAAAGACCUGUCAGACACUAAAACAUACAAAUCUCACUCCAAAUUCUACGGUGAAAGCUAUGCUAGCAAAUUGGUGUGACAAAAACAACUUACAACUUUCCAAUCGCACUGGGCAUGCUAAACUUGUCUCAAUCUCUUCUCCUUCAAAUCAUAAAUCCUCCCAAGAUUUAACUCAUACUGAUAGCUUCUGUUGCUUUGCAAACAGUAGUAGUUCCACAUCGAGAUCAUCAAUUGAGGUUGGGUCUGGUUUAGAGAAGCUGAAGAUUGACAUCUCAUCUAGAUAUAGCGGACAAUGCAAUAGAUGCCAAAGUGUGGAGAUUGACAAGUAUGACCAAUCCUCCGAUCAUUCAUAUAUUCACAGCAGAACUGAAUCAGCAGCAAGUGAAGUUUCCAGUAUUGAUUAUAUGCCUCCUGCUUUAAAUGACUUGUCAAGAAGGUUGAAGAAACCUGAAAUGAAUGAGGUAGCUGAAAUUUCAUCCAAGGGUCUUGGCACUUUUCCUAUAAGAAAAGAUUCUGGAUUUUCUUCAUGGACAUCAGGCAAGCAGUUGCAGGUCUCUGGAGCAAAAGUAGAAGAGGCAGUUAAUGGAAACCAUGAUUAUAACAGAGCAUACUCCAUUACGUUUUCUGGGUCAGGAUGUGAUGAUUUAACCACAACUUCCCAUGUGAUGAAAUUAGUAGACAACCUCAAAAGCCUAUCAAAUGAAGUCCAAACUAAAGCUGCUCUAGAAUUGCGCCUUCUUGCAAAGAACAACAUGGAGAAUCGUAUAAUUAUUGGUCGCUGUGGUGCUAUUGCACCAUUACUAUCUCUACUGUACUCAGAAGUGAAGCUAACCCAAGAGCAUGCUGUUACAGCCCUUUUAAAUCUUUCAAUCAGUGAAGAUAAUAAGGCUAUUAUUGCAAAAUCAGGAGCAAUAGAGCCACUGAUUCAUGUUUUAAAGUCUGGAAAUGAUGGAGCCAAAGAAAAUUCCGCGGCAGCUUUGUUCAGUCUUUCUGCCUUGGAAGAUUACAAGGCAAGGAUUGGACGCUCUGGUGCUGUCAAAGCCUUGGUGAAUCUUCUGAGCUCAGGAACAUUGAGAGGGAAAAAAGAUGCUGCUACUGCUUUAUUUAACUUAUCAAUCUUCCAUGAAAAUAAGGCUCGUAUGGUUCAAGCGGGUGCUGUAAAAUACCUCGUCCAGUUAAUGGACCCUGAUAGUGGGAUGGUUGACAAGGCAGUUGCCCUUCUCUCAAACCUGUCGACAGUUGCGGAAGGGCGUGUGGCAAUUGUACGAGAAGGUGGUGUCCCAUUACUAGUUGAAAUUCUUGAAUCAGGAUCACAGAGGGGUAAGGAGAAUGCUGCAUCUGUAUUGCUGCAACUAUGCCUUAAUAGUCCCAAGUUCUGUACCCUGGUUUUGCAAGAAGGGGCUGUGCCACCCCUUGUCGCAUUGUCCCAGUCUGGCACGCCAAGAGCAAAAGAAAAGGCACAGCAGCUUCUCAGUCACUUCCGGAAUCAGAGAGAAGGUGCCACUGGGAAGAGCAAGUAAAAGCUGACUAACUUUGUUAUAUUUUUCUUGUAUGAUUUUUUGAUAUCGUACUCCAUGUAAGUUGUUCUAUCUCAAUUGGUCCUUUUGGAGCUCACUUUUCAUACAUUCUUUAGUCAUCCAGCUAUAUGCAUUAGAAUAUGAACUCUAUUUUUUUAAUACCCUUUUUAAAUAUGGUUAGGAUAUGGGGAAAUAGGUUAUAACCAUUCCGAUGAGGUGGUGGGUUGUCUAUAAUUUUCUGCAUAAUUUUCCUUGGAAAACUUAACUUGCCACAGCAUCGAGUGUACGUUUCCAUUUAGUUUUAGUUUAUGUAGUAACAGAUUUGGCCUUAGAUUUGUAGAUAUGUUGUACAUAUGCUAUAGACUCUUGUAAUCUGCUGUAGGAUCUUGUUGAAAGAUAUUUUUGCUAUUUGUUGUCAA